AAAGGAGGAAGAGCAGCUUUUCUCGCUGAACCAUGAAGAGCAGACGGCACUUUUUGACCCUCGUCUCCUUUCUGUUGACCUUACCUGUAUCUUCCCUAAAUGAAGGUCUUCAGAUCCGAUUAGCUGGUCCUGGAUACACUCGGUGCUCUGGAAGAGUUGAACUAUAUAAAAACAACAGCUGGGGAACAAUCUGUGAUAACAAAUGGAGCAUGUCUGAUGCUAAGGUGGUAUGCCGACAGUUGGGCUGUGGUAAGACAGUGGAGGCCUCUGUAGCAGCACGUUUUGGAAGAGGAACUGGCAAAAUCUGGCUCAAUAAUUUGGAAUGUUCGGGAGAUGAACGCUUUCUAAGUGACUGUAAGCACAAAGAAUACGGGGAGAAUGACUGUACACACAGCAGGGAUGCUGGUGUCAUCUGUAAAUUGAUCAAAUUGAAUCGCGGCGAUCGUUGCUCUGGAAAAGUUGUAAUUUAUCACCAAAAGGAGUGGGGAACAGUCUGCGACAACUCCUGGGACUUAAAUGAUGCUGAGGUGGUUUGCAGACACUUGAACUGUGGCACAGCGAUGGCUGCCACUCAAGGCGCACGUUUUGGUCUACCUUAUGGAAAAAUUAAAAUCUGGCUUGAUCGCGUGGCCUGUUCAGGAAGUGAAGAUUCUCUAACUGAGUGUCAGCACAGUGGAUUUGGGAAAACUGAUUGUUCACACAGGAAAGAUGCUGGUGUUGUCUGUUCAGCAAGCCUCCCUAAGCCCAGCAUCUCCGUGAAUCCCUCUUCUGUGGUCAGCUGGGGUCAGAAUGUCAGCAUCACUUGUUCAAUCUCAGAUGAGCAUAAAAGUGAAACAUUUAUUCUUAAGAAGAGUCCAGGCUCAUUCAGAGCGACGGAGAAGUCAAGUUCCAACUCUGCUACAUUCAGGAUCCAUACAGUGGACUUUGAUCAUGAGGGUUCGUAUCAGUGUCAGUAUGAGAGAAACAUUUCAAAUGAAAUGUUCAGCUCUGCCUUAAGUGACCCUGUGAGACUCUCUGUUACUGUGCCUUUGUCGCUGCUGUAUUCAUCAAUAGCUGGUGGGAUCCUGCUGCUGCUCCUGCUGGUCCUGGUGGUUUAUCUGGACCGCAGGAGAAGAAGAGGAAAGGCCAAGCAGCCAGGAGCCCUCACCUUAAGUCAAUUGUCCGUCACAGCCAGGAACAAGUAUGAAGAUGACACGAACCACGACAAUAUGAACUUUGAUUCAGGAGAAAUUAACAAGGAACUCACAGAGGAAGUGGGCGAAGUGGCAGAUGAUGCUUAUGAGAAGCCAGAGAGAGAUGAAGAUCAUUUUUAUGAUGUAGUGGGCCCCAGUAACCUUAAUGUGAAGUCCAAGGAGGUUUGUGCCAGUGUAAAGAAAAACAGAGACGAUAAGGAAGAAGACGACGAAAAUGACUACGUAGAUGUAACUCUGCCAUUUUAAAACGUUUAUGGAGAAAUGGAAAAUAUUUAUCAAAACAUUUAGGUCAGGAUGAUUACUAAACAGAUUUCCCAAAUUGAAAUGAAAAUUACCAGUAAAAAACCUGUGCUAAAUGUUGAUUGAUGCUGUACUGAUUCUCUGUAUACAUUAAUGAUGUGAUUCGUUUUGGACCAUGUCCAGAGUAACAAUAACCGUUGUAAUAUGGGGCAAAAUGACUACAUUUGAGAAAAUUCUUUGAUUUAGACAAAAAGCUUCACCCAUGUCUGCCGAACCACAUUUUCCAUUUUCAAUGUUUGUAGUUUUCUUCACUCACUAUAUUUAAAAAAAAAAAAAUCUUUACAAAAUAUUACCAUAAGCUUUUAGAUGGAAAGAGAGAUUGUAACAUAGUGUGUAUGUAUACUUGAGGCACUUAAAGCAAUAAAGCAGAAUGAUGACCAAGCUGUUAAUGUUUGGUGCAUCAAAGGAAAGUUGCAAUGUGUAAGAUCAGUCAGCUUCUAGCUAGAUUUUAAUGUUUGUUAUUUACACUGCACAAAAUUCUCACAUAAAACAGAUCUGGCAUCAACCGGCAGUCCAAAAAUAAUAGAGAACUGUAAAUUUCAACGACAAAACCAAAAACAUUUUCAUCCUGUCUUUUAUGCUUGGCAUGUAAAAUAAAAAAUUGUUUUCAUAAUUUGACAGAUUGU